AUGGUGGACCGCGUGGAUUGCGCGGGCCUCUUGAUUGACGACCGAGUGCGGUCGGAGAGAUGGGUGCGCAGAAAUUCCAUUGAUGCAUUAACGAUAUCGUCCUCAGGUUCCUUCACGACCCCAGAGGAGCCGGAGGCCUUACAGGCGGAUGUGGAACAGCUGUUGUUAGUGUGCAAACAAGUCUACCUCUGCCACAACGGUUCAUCCUUCGCCACCAAGCUGGCCGAGCUCAGCGACCGGUCGGGCAGCGAGUGUAACCCGAUUUUCGCAUUCUUCGAGGUGGAUUUUAGCGGCGAAGAGUCGAACCUGGCUCGUCGAAAAGCCAGUCGCGCCUCGUGGGCAGAUAACGCUCCUCCGUCACCGGGCUCCAUCCACCGCACUUUCACAUUUUCGACACAGUCCGACGAAGCACGGGGCCUGUCCCUUCUAUCGGGUGUCUCGAACGACAUUCAAGCCCAAGAGGGACCAAAUUUGGUCAUUCCUAUUGCUAUUUUGCGCCUUCCUACUCCCGAUACAACCGGCGACAACGCGGCCACCGGCCCUACCAGUCAACCAGAUUCUCAAGGACCUCUCACGUUGGAACACAAGCAGAUUGCGCGCUGUCUUGAUGCCGGUGCUAUGGAUGUCUUGACGACUCCGCUAGAUCGGUCACGCAUUCAAGGGCUCGUGGUUCAUGCCUACCGUACUCGCAAAGCGGCCCAGAGAGAGAUGUCCCGAUUCCUCGCACGGAGGAAGCAAAGAAAGCUUUCUUGGGUCGGUGUGCAUGAUGAGCAGCCAUAUUCUUAUCUAAGAGAAGCCAUGGUUUCAAAACUCAUGAAAGGAAUUUGCAACCCAGAAGAAGUCAUCCAUGAUGAAUUCCAGGAGCAGGAUCUCAACAUCGAUCCCGCGCGUAUCCCUUGUAUCAAAGAGCAGGUGGGCAGUUGGAAGUUCUGCGCUCAUGAAUUUACCGAGGACGAACUAGUCUUUGGCGCUUGUGAGAUGAUACAACAUGCUCUGAACAUGCCGGGAUUGGACCAUUGGAGGUUGACCCCUGAUGAAUUGCAAACUUUCCUUCUCGCCUGUCGCGCCGCCUAUAACUCUUUCGUGCUUUACCACAAUUUCCGCCAUGCGAUUGAUGUGCUGCAAUCCGUCUUUUGCUUCCUGCUACACAUUGGUGCCUUGCCCCCGUAUGAAUCCAUUGGUCAAUCUCCUGUCCCCGAAACUCCUAUCACCUCCCUUCUCACGCCAUUCGAUGCCCUUACCCUCCUUAUCUCAGCCAUUGGUCACGACGUUGGCCACCCAGGUGUCAACAAUUUUUUCCUUGUCAAACUCAACGCACCUCUGGCUCAACUUUACAAUGACAAUUCCGUCUUGGAGGCCUUCCACUGCGCCGCCUUCUCCCAGAUUUUGCGUCGCCACUGGCCUGCGGCAUUCAAGGACAAUCAGCUGCGGAAGCUCCUUAUCAGCUCUAUCCUGGCCACCGACAUGGGUGUGCAUCAGAAGUUCAUGCAGCGAAUGGGCUCAUUCCAAGAAAAGUUCUACGAAAACAACCGAUCUAUUGAGGGCUGGAAGCCGCAAGAUGUCGACAUGUACAAGACCCUCGUUUGUGGAUUACUGAUCAAAUGUGCCGACAUCAGCAACGUGGCUCGACCAGGAAUUCGCCAACCAGGGGAGAUGGAAAGGGAGGUUGGAAUGGAAACUGCACUGUUUGGCGGGCCACCCGAACUAGGGAACAUCUACAAGCUGGCUACUGGUCAAAUUGGAUUCAUGUCGAUAUUCGCACUGCCACUCUUUGAAGGCAUUUCCGACCUUCUACCGCAGUUGCAGUUCACUACAGACCAUAUCCUCCGCAACCAGGCACGGUGGCAAGAACUUUCUAACGAGGAGCUGAAGAAGCAAGGUCUUCCGAUUGAGAAACGGGCCGAGAUCACUGUUUCGCCUCGCUCCCAUAGCCCUGCAGCCCCUGAAAAGCAGCGCGUCGGUCCAGGAGAUGGCGCAGCGGAUAUGGUCAAAUCUCCCAUGAGUUCAGACUCUGGUGGAUACAACGAAAACAACAUUGAACCGGUUGUGUCGCCAGAUACGACAGGGCCCCAGAUAGAGAUCACAGGAAGUCCGCUGGCGCCGGCGCCUGAAUUUCCAUCCCGGAAAUCUUCUAGUGCCGUGCCGGAAUUUUCUUGUUUCUCCAUCCCAGGAGCUCCGGAGUCUGCCCGUGAGUCUAUUUCGACACAGCUACAUAGCCCUCUCUCAGAAACAAGCCCUGUUACCGAUGACCCGGCUGUUUUAGCUGCUGUCUUGUAUGCCAACUCGGCCUUCGGUGGUGGUACCUCAUCAGGAUCAGUGGGGCGUGACCAGGCGUCUGCGGCUGCCGAGAGACCAAGCAGCUCCCGCCAAGGCCUUUCACAUGGUUCUCAGCGCGGCUCUCAACGACACCAUGCGCACCACAGCUCGUCUGCUCGCACAGGCUCUAAUCGCAAUAGUUGCACACGGACACAAAGCACCUACAGCAACACCAUGACACCAAUCUCUCCCGCAACCAAUGCCUCGAGUUUCUUGGCGGUGGAUAGCGGAGACGAAAAGCGACUUUCCGGGGAAAGUGCCCCGCCAAGUGAGCUUGGAGGACCUGACGACAAUAGCACACGUCCCAGCACAGCGGACGCGUAUCCUUCAGGUGUAUCGGAGCCCGCAGGCGGUUACAGCCCCGGUCGUAGCUCUGUCGCUCGUGGUCAAGCUCGCUCCGAAGAUGGUGCGAGCAAAGACUUCUCCAGGCUAGGAGCCCACGGAACCCGCAGCACGACCCAGUCGACGACUACUGGCGAGAGCAUCAAAAAUGAAACUCCGCAAGCGGAUGACUCCCAUGGUCCUCGCAAACUUCCUAAGCGGAGGAGUCGGCUUCGACUUGCUUUCUGGAAGCGUCGCAACCAUUCGCACGAGGUCCGCGGUGAGACAUGA